GCAUACAGAUUCUCGAUAUCGUGGCCAAGAAUUUUUCCAAAUGGAACAGGAGAACCCAACUCAGAAGGAAUAAACUACUACAACAGCCUUAUAGAUGCUUUGCUGGAAAAAGGGAUCAAGCCUUUUGUAACACUAUAUCACUGGGAUCUUCCACAAGUGCUUGAAGACAGAUAUGAAGGAUGGUUGAGCACACAGAUAGUAAAAGACUUUGAACAUUAUGCCUUCACCUGCUUCCAAACUUUUGGAGAUAGAGUGAAGCACUGGAUCACCUUCAACGAGCCUCAUAAUACCGCUCUCCAAGGUUAUGACUUAGGCAUACAAGCUCCUGGGAGAUGUUCGAUUCUUGGUCAUUUGUUUUGUAAGAAAGGGAAUUCAUCUGCAGAGCCAUACAUUGUUGCUCACAACAUCCUUCUCUCUCAUGCUGCUGCUUAUCAUAGUUACCAGCAAUUUUUCAAGGAGAGACAAGGAGGUCAAGUAGGAAUUGCACUGGAUGUCAAAUGGUACGAACCUGCAUCUGAUAAUGAUGAGGACAUAGAUGCAGCACAUAGAGCAAUCGACUUCUCAUUAGGAUGGUUCCUUGAUCCACUAUUUUUUGGCAAAUAUCCUCUUUCAAUGAAGAAGCUUGUGGGUCAGAGAUUACCAGAGAUUUCACAGGCAAUCUCAAAAUUCCUGGUUGGAUCUUUGGACUUUGUUGGCAUAAACCACUACACCACACUAUAUGCUCGAAAUGACAGGAAUCGGAUUCGAAAGUUCAUAAUGCAGGAUGCUAUAUCUGAUGCUGCAGUCAUUAUAACCCCAUAUAAAGAAGGAGUGGCAAUCGGAGAAAGAGCAGCUUCCCGCUGGUUACGCAUAGUCCCAUGGGGCAUCCGAAAGUUGGCUAGACAUCUGAAAGAUAAGUACCAGAACCCUCCAGUGAUAAUUGCAGAAAAUGGUAUGGAUGAUCCAAAUAAACCUUUCAUACCUUUAGAAAAGGCUUUAAAGGAUGAAAAGAGGAUAAGAUUCCACAGGGACUAUCUCUCGAACCUAUCUGCUGCUAUAAGGUAAUAACAACUCCCCACUUUGAUAGCUUGGUGUAUUUUCCUGGGUUGCUGCAGGCUUGGAUUGGGAUGAUGGAAAAUGAGACCCCAAUGCCU